AUGGCGUCCCGCAAGAAACCGAACACCUCCCGCAAAAAGGACGGCAUCCACUUUGUCAACGCCCGCCCCGCCUCGGAGACCGAACGCCUGAAAGCGCAACGCCUCGUACGAGCCCACGUCGGCCGCUGGAUCUCCGACCAGACCAAGGACCGUUCAACUGCCCUCGAAGCCACUCGUCGCACUCCUCGCCCCGUCCGCGACUCUAUCUCGCCGCUAUCCAGUGAUCAUGCCGGCCCCUCAUCCUACACCCUCGUGUCGCGUCCAACCUAUUCUCCCCAUUGCGCAGAUACCAUCGGGCCAGGUCUUCCCCGCUUCCAAGACCGUCGGCGUCAAUGGGAGAGCUCGCCCUUCCCUCCGUCGCACGCGAGCGACAGUAGCGAUAGUAGUGAUGACAAUAGCUCCGUGACCGCGACCCCGAGCGAGCCCGCCCAUUCUUGGGAAACGGUCCGCAUUGAGCCUCCCAUCACUGGCGUCAUGGAUCCUUUCAGCACAUAUCCGUCUUCUUUCUCGCCCGAGGUCGUCAAUCUCAGCGAGCAAUACUUCCUCUGGCCAGGCCUUGUGCCGACCCGCGCAAAUUUGAAAGAAGCGGGAGAGUCUUGGUUCCCGCUUUCGCUAUCCGACCCCGCUCUGUUUACAGCGUUCAUGUUCGGCUCUUUAUGCCAUCAGCGUGUCCAAUGGUUAAAUAAUUGGGUGCCGAGGAACGCCUGGGGCCCGAAACAUGAGCGCAUACUACAGCUGUGUGAAAUGGAGGCGAUCAAGUUAAUCAAUCAAGCCGUAAGGGAUCCUUCGCGGGCCGCGAGUGACGCCGUGCUCUUGAGCGUUAUCUGUAUGGCGCAUCAUCAGCCCGAAAACACUAGACGCCAGCGACAUCAGAAGACGCCGUUCAAUCCGCCUUUUCAACGCUUGCAAUGGAUUGACGUAUAUGGGUGUCUGCCGCCGAACUUGAUCCACAUUAGUGGCCUGGUCCAGAUGAUCAAGCUUCGUGGUGGCUUGGAGAAUAUCCAGUUCACGGGGCUACCCCCUACAAUCACCUUCUCGGACAUUUUCACUGCCUCGGUCUUCUGCACUCACCCAGGAUUCGCCUUCUGGCCUCUCGACGUGUCUCGCAACGGCAUCACUCUACAGGAAUUAUUAGGGUUCGGACCGUCAGACAUUGAGCAUGGCUUCGGCCGACUCCAAGAUAUCGGCAUCACCCCUAGUAUGGCAGAAGCCUUCCAAGCCGCCUUCACAUAUAUCAACAUCGUCCGAGCCAGUCUAGUCAACGGCUAUGACCACCCAUUGCUUGUCGACCAGCGAAAUCUCACCCAGCACACUCUCCUAUCUCUCCUACCAGCCUCCGACAUUCUCAACUCAUUCCCACAUCCCACUGAAGCAACUACGUACGAGAUCUGCCGACUUACCGCAUUAAUUUUCGGCGUCGGUGUCAUAUUCCCAAUUCCCGCGCAAAACACGCCUCUCGGAAAUUUGGCAAAGCAAAUCCAGGCUCAACUUUGUCUACCCACCGCUUCUGCCAUGUGGUCCGCCCCGCGCAACCGAAUCCCCCCUAGUGGUAUUGCGGCAACAGAUACACCCGAACGACCAUUCUUCGUCUCGGCACUCGCUGAAACCGCUCGACGAAGCGGGCUAAGCACCUGGUCCCAAAUCAGAAGUACUCUGGACAUGAUGCUCUGGUAUGAUAUGGCCUGCGACGAAGCCGGUCAAAUCCUAUGGCUUGAAGCGAGCACAAGCCCGACAUUGAGACCUAUCGAAUGA